AUGUCGACUCUAACAGCAUCGGAGCAGGAAGAGCAGAGAAAAAUCGUGGAAACUUUCCAGAAACUUCGAGAACAGCAACAGGAAAUCGCUCAGGAGAUUACUCGGAUAGAAGAAGAGAAGCGUGAGUUCGGUGAUCGUAACUGUUUAAGGCGAGUGAUAGAGCUGUUAAGAGAGUUGAAUGGGGAUCAGAGAUGUUUCCGACUGAUCAGUGACACCCUAGUUGAGUAUUCGGUCAAGGAUUGUAUACCAGUGCUGGAAAAGAACCUUCUUAAUGUAAUACUCUUAGACUUCGAUUUAUUUUACUACUAUGACACUAUGACUUCUGUUUGCGACACCAUACUUUCUUCAGACGAGGAAGAACAAAAGCCCGAGUUCGUUGGAGACGCUUCUGUGUCAAAUGAUCAAGUGGGAGACGCUGAAAGUGAUAGUAGUGGCGAAUCGGAAGUUGAAGAGGGUGAAGAACUGAAUCAACUGCGUAAAUUGGUAGCACCCGUGUCCGACAUAUCCUCGACAAAAUCGUUUUCGCAAUUAGGUGUGACUUCUUGGCUUAUUCAGCAGCUUAACGUAAUGAGAGUCUUCAGGCCUACACCAGUCCAGAUCAACUGUAUACCUCAAGUUCUUAAUGGUAAUGACGUUCUUGGUUGUGCGAAGACAGGCACUGGGAAAACCCUUGCAUUUGUUCUUCCUAUUCUUCAGAAGGUUGCUGUUGAUCCAUAUGGUAUAUUUGCACUCAUCCUAACACCAACUCGGGAGCUUGCUUCACAAAUAGUCGACCAAUUCGUUGCAUUCGGAAAGCCGAUUGCUCUUAAAGUAUCUCUUAUCACUGGAGGAAGAAGCUUGGUGCAUCAAGCGAGUGAGCUAAUGGCUUGUCCACAUAUAGUAGUUGCUACUCCAGGUAGACUUGCUGACCACAUUGAAAGUAACACUGAAGGACUAGGCCAACUAUUCAAUUCCUUGUCCUUGACGAGGCGGACCGGAUGCUUGAUGGCCAAUAUGCUUAAGUCUAUCUUGUUUUCUCUACCUAAACAACGUCAAACGCUCCUCUUUUCUGCAACUAUAACUAGUGCAAUAACAAAGCUUCACUCAGUAUCCGUGAAAAAACCGUACUUCUUUGAAGAUAAACAAGAGGUUGCUACCGUCGAACGGCUUGAGCAGAAGUUUGUGUUAUGUCCAUUUGCUGUGAAAGACGCUUACCUUGUCUACGUUGUAAAGAACUUCUGCGAGCGAAAUGAGAACAGUUCAGUGAUUGUGUUUGCACAAACAUGUCGAGAGUGCCAAGCAUUGGUGUACAUGUUCGAUGCACUCGGUUUUAAGGUUGGUUCACUUCAUUCUCAAAUUCCACAACGUCUUCGUAAUGCGACACUGGCAUCGUUCCGAUCAAAGACACUCCGUAUAUUAAUCUGUACUGAUGUUGCUUCUCGAGGGCUUGAUAUACCUCAUUGGUUCCUACCAGAACUGUUAAAGGUUGACUUAGUGGUGAAUCAUAAUGUUCCAAAGUCUCCGAAAACCUACGUUCAUAGAGUUGGUCGUUCAGCUCGAGCAGGAAGAUACGGCUCAGCUCUAACAUUCGUUACCCAGUACGAUGUGGUUCUUUUUCAAGCAGUAGAACAGUUGAUUGGGAUGAAAUUAGAAGAGCUUAAGGUGAGUGAUCAGAAGGUUACUCGUUAUGUCACGAAAGUACUUGUGGCCAAGCGCGAAGCAGAGCUAAGACUAGAACAAAACAAUUUUGGUGAACAGAAAGAGGCAAACCUACGCAAAGAUCUGCUAAUGAGUGGUGUUCCUGAAGAUGAGGUAAGUGUGCUGGUACCCUUCCUCGAUCUCGAUGUGGUGACAAUUUUGAGGUUUCAGGUGGAUAAACGUAUUGAGGAUAUGAAACAACCGCGACGUAAACGCAAAAAUAUGAAAAGUGUCGACAGAAAAACAGCCAUUGGAGGUGAAAGAAUUAAGAAGCGGACUAAAACAGUGAUAGGCUGA